CCGGCCCUGCCCAGCUCUGCCCGGCUCCUUCGGCGGCGGCGCUGCGGGGCGGGGGAGGGCUGAGCCCGCCCAGCGCGGCUCUCCGGCGGCGCCGAUGGGGCUGGGGGCCUGGCUGCGAUCGCUGGGCGGCUGCUGCGGCUGCUGCGGAGGGGAGGCGGCGGCGCCCGAGAAGGAGCCCUUGCUCAGUAACAACAACCCCUACGCCUCCUUCGGAGCCACGCUGGCGCGGGACGAGGAGCAGAACCUGUGGAGCACCCCGCACGACGUGACCCACACGGAGGCAGAUGAUGACCGAGUGCUGUACAACAUGAUCGUGGUCAGGAACCAGCUGGACAAGGACUCGGAGGAAUGGCAAAAGCUCAACUAUGAUAUUUAUACCUUACGGCAGACCCGAAAAGAAGUGAGAAGCAGGUGGAAACACAUUUUGGAGGAUUUAGGUUUCCAGAAGGAGGCGGACUCCCUCUUGUCAGUGACCAAACUCAGCAUCAUCAGCGACUCCCAGAACAUGGGCAAAGCCCGGGAUAUCCUGUUAAAGCUGUCCGAGGAGACAAACAUCUUCCCGACCAGCUGGGAGCUUUCUGAGCGCUACCUCUUCGUGGUGGAUCGUCUCAUAGCUCUGGACGCUGCAGAUGAGUUCUUCAAGAUGGCCAGCGUGGCGUAUCCAAAGAGACCCGGCGGGGAAAGGGCGGACGAUAGCCAGAAGACCCCGCAGUGCAUCUCUGUCGCGAUGCCCUGAGGAACAUGCCUUGCUGGCGUGAGACGGACAGCGGGUUUCUUUCCCUCUGGGACCGGGCUCCUCUGCCGAGGGGUUAGCACAAGUAGCGCCGCUCCUUGUUUUCCUGCAGAGAAGUGAGCGUGCCGGCCGGAGCAGAGCGAGGAGGUCAGCGAGCCGUGCCCCACCGGGAGGGCACAGGAAGGCGGACGCUGGCCCCAAGGUGCUCCCAAGCAGAAGGGAGCAAGAACUGCCGUAGCGUAGCCCCGGUGAGAGACCGCUAGCUGAGUAGUGCGUGCGAUAGGCACGGGGGGAACCCGCCGCGCGAGGCGUUGCUACCAGUAGCUGCAAAAGUUGAGAUGCCUCUAGUUACAAGUGCUGCGAGGAGAUCCACGUUUCCACCUUCUGCUGGUACCCGCCACUGUCCCCCGCCUCGACCCAGGAGAACCAGUGAGGAAGGAAAAACACCUCAGUCGUCUACAACUCCGUGAUGUUUCUUUGUGCACCGGUCCUCUUCUUCGUCCCCAGCCCGCGGCAGCCCUGGGGAAUUCGUCAAAGAGGCAGGAGCAGCGCGUAGCUGGGAAAGCAAAGCCUUGGAGCAGUGUCGCGGUUGGGUGCUCUCUCCCUGGCCAUUAGUGGUUCCGAGGCAUUUAUGUUGGGGGGGGGGGUGCUCUGCCCGACAUCUUAAAAGAAGGUAGAUUUUAGGAAGGUGCCAAGCUCAGACCUGCUGAAAAUUUGGCUCCUGUAAUAUCCUCCGAGUGGUUCCCCAACAUCUUAAUUUCUGAAAGUUUUGGUCUUAAUUGCAUAAAGACCUCCCACUAUAAAGCUGCAUGUACUGCCAAUAUAGACUGUCCCUGCUGUUAAUGAAGAUUUUUAAUGAACGCCCUUUAUAUCUUGUCUGAUAAUGAGCAAUAGUUUUAAAACACUGGAUUUGAUCAGUUAAAAACAAGUGGAAGUUCUUCCCUGGUUAACACAUGUGCUGCUAAUUGGCCAGAUGAAAAUGCUGGUUCCACAGGACCUCCCAAAAGAGCAAACCAGAGCUUUUGUUUGUUUGUACCUACACUGUUUGAAAUAUAUAAAUAUAUAUUUAUGAAUUGUUUCUGUUUGCCAGUUUUCCUGGGAAAUAUUUUUGUCAACUCAGGACAUCAGUGAAAACUGAGUUUAAUAAA